AUGCAUCAUCCCCACGUCGCUCUGCUUUCUAGCCCAGGCCUCGGCCAUCUGAUGCCCACGAUCCACCUGGGAAAGCUCCUCGCCCUCCACCACGGUUUCAAGGUCACAAUCCUCGCCAUUACUUUCCAGACCUCAGAAGCCGAAUCCCGCAUUCUGAAAUCAGCCAUCUCCUCCAUCAACUUUUGUGACUUCCUCCAAAUCCCACCCCCAGACCUCUAUGGCCUUCUUGAGAAUGAAGCUGCCAUUGUGGAACGCCUCUGCGUCGUCAUGCAACAUGGCCACCCUCCUUCUGUGCUCAUAGUUGACAUCUUCGGCUCUGAAUGCUUGUCCAUAGCAGAAGAGUUCCGCAUGCUCAAGUAUAUUUUUGUAGCUUCCAAUGCCUGGUUUUUCUCCCUGCUUUUAUACUCUCCCAUCCUGGAUAAGCAAGUGCAAGGCCAGUUCGUAGAUCAGAAAGAACCGUUCGAAAUCCCAGGUUGCAGUCCGCUUCGUCCUGAAGACGUGGUUGAUCCCAUGCUGGACCGGAACACCCGGCAAUAUCAGGAGUACAUCGGCAUAGGGAUCGGGGUGCGAAAAGGCGAUGGGAUAUUUGUGAACACGUGGGAAGAACUCCAACACAAAGACCUUGAAUCACUGAGAGACGAGAAUUUAUUGGGCGGGAUGCUAAAAGUUCCCGUGUAUGCCGUUGGACCGCUGGUGAGGGAGCCAGAACCUCCCUCGAGAUCAACCAUGGAGUUGCUGGGAUGGCUGGAUCAGCAACCCAGUGAUUCGGUGGUUUACGUCUCGUUUGGGAGCGGUGGCACGCUUUCGCAUGAGCAGACCAUAGAGGUUGCGUGGGGUUUGGAGUUAAGCCGGUUGAGAUUUAUGUGGGUGGUGCGUCCGCCAAACAGAGGACGCGCAGACUCGGCGUUCUUUAGCACCGGGGACGGCAGCCUGUGA